AUCAUGUAAUGAAAGUGUAUACCAGUAGUAUACAUUCUAACAUUAGUUACAUUUCAUUAGAAUUAUAUCUAGAUCUAGAUAGAUGAUUAGAGUCUAGAUCUAUCUAUCUUCUAGUUGUUUGACUAGAUUUAGACUUUAAGUAUAAUUAAAAUGGGUAAAAGAAAACAAAAUGCACCCAAAUUUGCAGAUAAGGUUAAGCGGCAACAGCUGCAGUGGAACAUGACUGAUCAGAUGACCAGCUCCAAUUCUUUUAUAUGUGAUGAUGACAGUUUAUUACAAGAAAAUGUUAGUGGUCAUUCCGUAUCAGGGGCCUGUUUGGCUACCCAGCAAGAUGACAGCAAUAAUGUGACCAAUGGCACAUCACUGCAUGCUCUUUGUGUUGAAACAUUUUAUCAGAACUUAGCCAGCUGCCACUCCACACUUCCUAUUCAACAAUAUGAUCCUUGUGAAACAGACACAAAUCCAAAACAGUUAAAAUUUGGCCAGUUUAGAGUACAGCUUCUCUCCCGUCCUAAUCUUGCCCCACUCCCAGACAGUCUUCCAGAAUUCACUAUAUGCUGGCUGUACAUUGGCAGUCAGGACAACAGCAUGCUGUAUUUUGAGGCAGAGGAAACUAACGAGCCUGCUGUGCAGCAAAAAAAGUCCAAGUCUAGGCAGUCAAAGUUUGGCGUGUUUUGGUUUGUUUCGUUAAGUGUUCCUGUUGAUGUCUUAACUAACCUGAAACACAAGGCCUUUGUGCUUAAAUGCAGCAAGUUUGACUCAACUCUCAAGGAGUUCAAUGUUGACAUAUUUGGGACUGACAGCAUCAUUAUCAAAUUAUCACACCCUAGUGAAUCAUUUAGGCUGAAAACACCACAGUUGGCAGUGCAAAAGCUAAUGAGUCAUUUUUUUAACAUUUCGUCACCUUUCAGUUAUGAAGGUAUUGAAAGAAGCACAGGACAUGACUUUUUCAAGCUGUAUGAGAGUGUCAUGCAUUUACACAAAGAGAAAUUGUCCAAUGACCCCAGCUGGUUGGAAGAGGUCAGCAGAGUCCACCAUGACUGUCUUAAGCCUACGCUCAGGUACUACCAGAAGCAAAGUGUGGCUUGGAUGUUGAGACAGGAACAGAGGAGUCAGCAAAAUGUGCAAGAUACAAAUGAUUUACAUCCCUUGUAUUGUGAAGUGACUUUAGAUGGCAGCACUAAAUUGUACUACAAUAAAUAUGGUGGAAGCUUGAUUAAAGAUCGGCCCAAAGCCAUAUCGUCACUCCCUGGAGGUAUUUUGGCAGAUGAGAUGGGCUUAGGUAAAACAGUUGAAGUCCUGUGUUGCAUGCUGCUAAACUCUAAGCCCAAUGUGUCAUUGCCAGACCCUCUCCCUGUCAUUGAGGACUCUCCCAGCAGCAGUGAUGAGAACACACGCUCACCCUCUCACAUCUCAUUAUCUGAGACUGUGAUCUCUGACGCUGCUGCUGAAAACUCUGGUGACUCCCAGCAGACCAUUAUCACAUGUCAGAACUCUGUGGACAGUGCUUGUGUAGCACAUGAGCCUGUGCUAAGCAAGCCUAGCUCACAUAUAGGUGACAAUGGAGAAUCAAAACUGUCUUCCAACAUUAUCCAGACACUAGAUAUACAUGAGUCUCAAGUGUUUACAGUUAAAGACGAAACUUUAUUUCUAAAUAGUAAAGAGACGGUUGAUUUGACUGUUAAUACUGACAAUGAGACUCAGUCAGGGAACUUGCUGGAAUCUUAUUCCAGUGAAGAUUGUGUAGAUGAGCCUUCAAAGGAAGAGGUAGUACAUGAACAAUCCACUGUACAAACAGACAAAUUCAUCAACUGUAACCUUUUUGUUGGAUCAUCAGAAACACAAAACUAUAACAUUAAGAUUAAUGUCAGCAGUGAGCUGUUACCAGGUGGGGCUACUGAAGAAAAUGGAAACAAAUCCAGAGUGAUAUCAUUGAAAAGCUUUAAUCCAGCUCUGGUGAAUAAUGUGAAUGCAAAUGAGUCCACCAAUCAAGUUUCACUUCUAAGAUUAGCCUUGACCUCUCAGGCCCCUACGGCUGGAAAUGACACCCUCAUUCAGCAGAAAGAGAAGAAGAAGAGGAAGGGAUAUGUAGAGUAUGUCCCAGUCACAGAUGAGGAUCUCAGUUUCUUCUCUACAAAGCCCAUGGCUCAGAAACAGUUUUUUGAAUGUAAUUGUGGUCAGCUGGACAAUGAAGAGGAGACAAGGAAAAAGGGACUACAUGCGGUGAAGUGUAAUUUGUGUGGCAUGUCCCAGCAUGCUGAGUGUAUGAACUAUGAUCUCCACGACCCAUACAGAGGAGAGUAUCUGUGUCCACACUGUCAUGCACUUCAUACCACCAUAGAAUCUGGAGCCACAUUGAUUGUCUCCCCUUACUCUAUAUGUCACCAGUGGAUUGAAGAAAUUCAUAAACAUAUUAAAGAGAAAACAAUCCGAGUAUUUAUCUACACUGGUGUGUCCAAACUGGGCUAUAUACAACCACAGACAUUGGCUCAACAAGAUAUUGUGAUAACAACAUAUGAUGUACUUAGGAAAGAAUUAGAUUAUGUCAACCUGCCACACACAAACAGUGAGACAGGUAGAAGAUUUAGACACCCGAAACGUUUUUUAGCGACACCGUCACCAUUAGUAGCUGUUGAAUGGUGGAGAAUCUGUUUGGAUGAAGCUCAAAUGGUAGAAUGUGUGACUACAAAGACAGCUGAGAUGGCCCUGAAGCUGAAGGCUGUUAAUAGAUGGUGUGUAACAGGGACACCCUUGAUGCGAAGUGUUGAAGAUAUUUAUGGGCUGUUGCUUUUUUUGGGAGUUGACCCACUGAUGGUGCAUCAGUGGUUCCGCUUGCUUCUGUGGGAACCCUUCUGUCAUGGAUUCCAGCAUCCAAUGCAUGAAGCCUUACAGAAGAUAUUGUGGAGAACGGCAAAGAAAGAUGUCAUUGAUCAGAUUGACCUCCCCAUGCAAACUGAAGAAAUCAACUGGUUGACAUUUUCACCAGUGGAGGAACAUUUCUAUAGGAGACAGUACGAAAUAUAUUUACGUAAUGCAUACACAUACAGGAGCAGAGCUCAGCGUAUACAAGAUCAUAGCAUCAAACUUCAUUCACUGGAUAGAAAGACAAUCAAUGAGCUGUUAAAUCCACUGUUCAGACUAAGACAAGCUUGUUGUCAUCCUCAAAUUGUCAGAGGCGAAUUCCUGCCACUCAACAAAGCGAUGAUGACCAUGGAUGAACUGUUGGAACACAUGACCAAAAAAGUGAAAACUGAGUGUGAAGAGGCUCACCGUCAAAUUGUAGGCUCAAUAAAUGGGUUGGCAGGUCUGGCCAUUCUCAAGGGAAAGUUGGAUGUUGCUGUUAGCAAGUACAGGGAUGUCCUCCGGUCAGUGGAGGAACAUAAAGACCAGUUCCGGACAGAUGACCUGCAGCAGCUCCAUGCUAUGCACAACUUAGCUGAGGUACUGGACAAAAAACCAGAAGGUGUGUCCCCGACACUACGAGAUGACACUCUGCGAAUACAAUGUACAGCCUUGAUAGAGAAGUACAUGUCUAAAACUAAGGUCAAUGUUACAAGUAGCAAGGAGGCCUUGGAUAAUGUACAGCUUUCACUCCAUGACAUCAAAACAAAGCUGCAAGCUCUUGAUGGUGACUGGUGGGCAGAUAUUGUAGACAUGACCACACAGAGGGGCAUAGAAACGGAGCUGAUUUGCAAGGUGAAGGAUGACCUCCUGAGGACAUCAACCAGUGAGGGGACUAUAGUGGACUCAUUCUUCACUGCCAAAGGUUUAAUGUAUGUUAUAGACUCACAUCUUCAGUCUCUGACUAAGGCCCACAAAGGUUUGACCAGUGCGCUAGAGCAACUGGCCAAAGAUUCUUCCCAAGAGUUGGUACAACAGGCAGCAGCUUGCUGUCUGCGACCAGUGAAUGAAGCAUCAAAAACAUGUCCAUUUUGUGUGGUAGAUGAACUGUUUAAUGAAUAUGAAUCUAAAUUGUAUCUCUUUGUUGAAAGGGGUGUGACAGUUUCUGGAGAUGACAAUGCUAUGGCCUACUUGGUCAGUACCAAGAGGCAAGGUACAUGGGCUGACAGUGAGGGGGAGAGGGCGCUUAAGAGCAUUCAUUCAUUUUACAGACUGCAUUUCGAGACAGACAUUGACAUUCAAGAAGCAGCUAAUUUACAGUUUAAACACUUAGAUACUCUAAAAAAGGAAUUUAAGUGCUUGCGUUCUCUCUGGAUGAGCCACAGAGAAAUGAUCUCCGCCACAGAUGAGUGUGAUAUGGCCAUUGAGAGACUGAGACUCAGGAGCAACAAUGAGCCAGAGACAGUCACCAAGAUUCAAAACGUUAUAGAGGAGAAAGAUAUCUUUACUCAUGAACUGAAAUUGUCGUCUGAUGAAAUAGUUGCUCGUGAGGAGCUUAAGAAGAAACAAGGCCAAUUAAUUUAUCUCAUGAAUUUGGCUAAAAAGAAUCAGAAUGGGGAAGAGAGCAAUCCAGACACUUGUCCUGUCUGUCAGUUUGGAUUGGGCUUUGAGUGGAGUGUGCUGCUUUGUGGCCACUGUUUCUGUCUUCGCUGUAUCAGAACUCUAAUUGACCGUAAUCUCAUUGGUGGGCAUUUGAUGGAUCGCAGGCUCAAGUGUCCACUCUGCCGUCACUUGACACCAGUGAGGGACAUUUCCUAUGUCACAACCAGAAAAACAGAGAAAGUUAAUGUUAAGGGAAGUCACUCCACCAAAGUUCAAGCUGUUCUGGAGUGCCUUAUCAAGAUCAGAGAACAAGAUCCAACAGCCAAAUCUUUAGUCUUUUCAGUGUGGGUCAGUGUGCUGGACAUCCUGGCUGCAGCUCUGGCAGAAAAUAAAAUCUUGUACAAAAGUUUACAUGACCUGAAUUAUUUCCAGAGAAAUCUUUCUGCCUUCAAGACUGAAGAGUCCAUCCAAGUUCUGCUUCUCCCCCUUCACUCUGGUGCUAAUGGACUUAACCUUGUAGAAGCCAAUCAUGUACUUUUAGUUGAGCCAGAGCUCAACCUGGAGGAGGAGGCCCAAGCUAUAUCUAGAAUCUACAGGAUUGGUCAAACUAGGCAAACCAAGAUACACAGGUUUCUGGUGAGGGGGACAAUAGAAGAGAAAAUUUUCCACAUGGUCAAAUCAUUAAGAGAGUCCAGCUCUGAGCCAGGCAGGGAGGACAUAGAACUGACUGUGGGACACAUUACCUCACUCCUGCAGCAGCCAGGGCCAGAGGAUGAGGAUGACAUUGAGAUUGAGGCUGGUAGUAGUUAUAUGAACAAUCUUGCUGAGGGGCUAGUUCCAGAACUUAGCGGUAGUACAGAAGACAGUAGCAGUGACCACAAUAUAGCAGCAGGCUCUAGUAGCUCAACAUAGUGUACACUAAAGUACCUGAGUGCACUAAACUAAACCAUGUCAUCAUUCUCUAUUUAUAAAAGAUUCGAAUGAACUUUAUUUAAAGUUGUUGUUUUUUUCAAAUGUUGAAUUUUCUUUUUAUCCUGAAUGUUUUAAAUGUAUGUGCAAUAUGCAUUCAUGAAUAUGUCUUGUAAAUGAUACAUUGUAACAAAAUAUACUCACUUAUACAGUACACAUGUGACUAUGAUUGAUUCAUGCUGUAAGAUUUAUGUUGAACAUCUUGAGCUUUUCUUUUAGAAGUAGUCUUUGUGAAGACCAUUUUGUUUUCCACUGGUUCUUACAUUGUAACUUUGUGAUGAAACAAUGAUCACUUGCUAUGUUGAAGUGUAGGUCCAGCACAUAGUUUUGAGGCAUUGGUCAUUUGCUAUAUUGAAGAGUAGGUCCAGCACAUAGCCUUCAAGUCACUUGCUAUGUUGAAGAGUAGGUCCAGCACAUUGCCGUCAGGCAAUGGUCACUUGCUAUGUUGAAGUGUAGGUCCAGCACAUAGUUUUGAGGCAUUGGUCACUUGCUAUAUUGAAGAGUAGGUCCAGCACAUAGCCUUCAAGUCACUUGCUAUAUUGAAGAGUAGGUCCAGCACAUAGCCUUCAAGUCACUUGCUAUGUUGAAGAGUAGGUCCAGCGCAUUGCCUUCAGGCAAUGGUCACUUGCUAUGUUGAAGUGUAGGUCCAGCACAUAGCCUUCAGGCAAUGGUCACUUGCUAUGUUGAAGUGUAGGUCCAGCACAUAGCCUUCAGGCAAUGGUCACUUGCUAUGUUGGAGUGUAGGUCCAGCACAUAGCCUUCAGGCAAUGGUCACUUGCUAUGUUGAAGUGUAGGUCCAGCACAUAGCCUUCAGGCAAUGGUCACUUGCUAUGUUGAAGUGUAGGUCCAGCACAUUGCCUUGAGGCAAUGACUACUUGCUUUUUUAAUAAGUUCAAUUUUUUAAAAUAAGUUCAGGGCGGCUAUAUAUGCAUUAAGGUGAUCUCCCAGUGGGCUGGUUGAUACCUAAUAUAAUACUAUACACCCAAUGGCUGGUGAGGUCAACAUCGUAUGGACAAUUUUGAGUUACAAAUUUAAAAUUCUCUUAUUUAAAAAAAUUGUAUUGUCAUUGGCUCAUGCCUUACCUUUAUAAGAGAUCUGUUAUAAUUUUGAAAGUGUAAUAUUACCUUAACAUAUUCCCUGUAAUAAUGGAAUAACUCAAGCCUAAAUACUUUGCUUUUGUUGAGUUUUAAUCUCUUGAAUGUACUAUGCAAUUAACAAACAACUGUAUAUGGCCAGGAUUGUAUAGUAAUGCCAGGGUCGAUUUUAUGUAUUGGUCAUUUUGUUUGUAAAAAGUAGCUUGUGAAAUAGUCUGCUUGCCCUCCUCUGACUGUAGACCAUUCUUUCUGCUCAACUUUUUUCAUUCUAUUCCUGUGGAGUCACAAAGAUGUACAUUUUUUUUUUGAGUGCACUUUCUUUUCAAUUUACUUCAGUUUAUGAGUUGCUGGUUGAGUCUAUUAUAUUUUGUUGGCUCUUGAUCAAUUGUGUAUGUAUAUAUUACAUGUCUGUUACAUGUACAUGUCGACUUCAAUUGUAUAUAGUGGGAUCUUGCUACAUUCAUUAACAAUGAAAGAAAGUCAUGUUCUUAUUUGUGGUCCGUUGAGCAGAUGCUGUACAUAUGAACAAAGUGUGGGCUGCUCCAAGAACAAACUGUUGUGUCUUCUUUCCUUCAUUCAUGUUUGGACACUACAAGAACUGAGUGGGGAAACAAAACACAAAGUCAUCUUUUCAUUACAAACACAAGAGCUUCAGUUUGGUCUAAUUACAACACUAAACCUUUUUAACUCAGGGGACACAACUUGAAUGGUUAGUUGAUAAGUAAUGUAGAAACAGCUUCAAUCCUUUUUGUAUUUCAUUGGACUUGUUGCUGCUAGAAUAGUUCACUCUUUAUUUGAAAUGUUGGAGAGGAAAUUCUUUCUUUUUUUAAUACAUAAGUGAGUUGGAGGAUGGCAAGGGAGGGAACAAAAUGAUAAGAAACUUUGUACACUUUUUUUUUUUAUGAGCAUUCAAAAUAUUAUUUUUUUUGUCAGAAUGUUUACCUAUUCAUCACCCUCUGUUUAUUAUGGUCCUUGCAAAGUAGACAACUGGCUCACCAACAAUCAAUUCAUGAGAAUUUAGUUUAACCCACAAAUGGUGGUUCACCAUAACUUAGCUAAUGAAACAGUUCACACAACAUAUGGCUCACUUGCACAUAGAUCACCCACAGUCUUUCUACCAAUUAGCAGUUUCUUUACCAACUAUUGUCAGGUGAACCAUUCGUCUAUGAAUGAAUUGUCUGUGAAUUGUUUGUGGUGGAACCCUAUUUCCGCAAGUGGGCAUUAAAUACAUCUCCAUAUCCAGCCUCCUUCCAGUUACUUCCCUUUGAAUGACCAUAUUGAUUGGUUGUCUGCUUACACUUGUCUUUAUCUGACUUGCACUAGAGCUACAUUCUUGAUACUUCUAUUUAUAGAUUUCAUUUUUUGUAAACAUUUACUUAUACAAGUGUGAAUAAUAUUUUUAUCAGGAUAUAAUUUCAGGUCUCAAAAUGUUUUUUGACUUCAUCAAAGGCAGCUAUAAAUGGGAAGAUAGAUUUCGGUAAUAAAUAUUGAGAUAUGAUUGA